CAGACUGACUGCCAGCACCGUCUUUUCACUUUCCAUUGAAAGAGGUAUUUUUAUAAGUGUUGCAUUUGAAGUUAUUGGUCAAGCAAGCUUUCUUCUAUGUGGAAAAUCUUCUUUCCUGCUUUACAACUUCACUGAGACAAUGGAUGAGACUUUGCAACAAGGCCCCAUAUAUUUCUUUGACCAGCCAAAAACCAAAAUAAAAAGUGAGAAGGAAAUGGAACCAGAAUUAUUUGGUAAUUUAAUUUCAGGCAGCACACAUAUUCAUGAAAUUGGGAGCUUUCACAGGAAACCUGGAUGCACUGAGGAACUCAUGGAAAGAAACAGUGCUCUAGUGAAAAACAGCUCAGCAAAGCAAGUGCUGGUUCCUCCUCAAACAUAUGGUCCUUUUAUAUUCCAACCCACCUCUGAGAAUGUUUACACUCAGGCUUCCCAAAUACCUUCACAUGGACCUUCAGUUCUACAGCCAACUUCAUUGGACCAAUAUCAAUGCCUAGCUGUUACUGUGUUACAUGAGCUGGAAGAUAUGUUGAACCAUUUUUCAAAACAGAAAAUAAGUGUACCUCUGGGGAUUUUAAAUAUUUUGAACUAUAGUUGGAAAGAUCUUAUUGAAGGUGCUUGGUAUAAUAAAAAAUCUUACCAGGAACCAGUGUAUAAAAAUGUAAAUUCAAGGAGAAGGCAAGCAUCAGGGGUGUCCAGCAGGUUGUCAUCUACCUCUGCAUUGACUGACUAUGAGAUGGCUGAAAACAUAACAAGGAAAAGCAAAAAAACUAUUGGUUUUUCUAGUGGCAUUGCAAAGGAAUCGGAGAAUCCUGGGACUUUGUUAAAUAAAAGUAAGGAUAAAUUACUGGUUUCUUCCAAAGUUUAAAGUGAUAAUUUUAUUACAU